CAGACCGCUGUCUAGAGAUUUGCCGACGACACGAAUGGCUGAAGGCCACUUGGACCACGCGGAACCGUCGGUGUUGAAGCGAUUGCAUGGUACGCUCAUGAUUGUUGCUUGGUUGUUCUUCAACUCGCUCGGGAACACCGUCGCAAGAUACUUUAAAAACACAUGGACGACGAGGCAGUACUUUGGUGUGCCCGUGUGGAUGUUUUACCAUCGAGUCUACAUGACAGCCUGCUGGGUGCUGACAUGCGCCGGCAUCAUUUGCAUCUUCAUCGAUCUAGAAGGCUUUGAAAGCCACGCUCACGGGAUCGUCGGGUUGGCAACAUUCGUGCUAGUGUUCGUGCAACCCAUCCUAGGACUAAUGAGACCAUCCCAGCAGCAACCCCAACUCGUGCUCGCAUUCCUGCACGGUCUCCUGGGACACGUCGCGUACAUCCUCGCAGUAACGAACAUGUUCCUGGGAGUUGGCCUAGAGUCGGCCCGAAUAUCCACCACCAUGUACGGGUUGCUAGCGGGCGCUCUCGCUAUCCACGUGCUCGCACACGGCGCGUUCAACGUUCUCGAAUAUCUCACCCGGCGGAAGGACGACGUCGAGCUGGACGUAAAUAAGGACGCGUCGUUUUCGCGCUGGAGGAAAACUACGCUGAUGGUGCAACUGAUAGCACUGUACGCGUUCACCAUCGCGAACCUGGUGUACGUGUGGCGCGGAUGAGCGAGCAACCGCGAAUGGAGCACGUGCAGGUUUUUCGCAGCUUUUCACGCGAUACGAGGGGGUGGAACGCGUACGAGAAAAGAAAACAUCCCCACCCAUAAAC